AUGCAGGAAGACCUUGGUGGCCUCUGCACACGUCAAGAAUACGAUCGUCAGCGAAUCGAUGACAAGUUCGAUCGGCUCGCCGCGUCCAAUGCCCACGAGCUCAAAGCCCUGAAGAAGCAUUUUGGUGAUCAGCUUGUCAGACUCCAGGAGGUGGACAACGUUCUCCAGAGACGGCUCAAAGGUGUCAUUGACCGCCAAGAUCUCAUGGAGAGCGUGUUGGCCGCGCUCCCACAGAAGCACCACAUGCUGUUUGGUGGCUUCGCCAUGGUGGUCCCCAUUCGCAUCAGCGCCAGACAUACCGAAACUCAACUCAGAAUGGCAUCUCGCCCGCAGGAUGCCGUCCCUGUUCAGGGUGCUCCUGGCAUCCAAGCCCGUAGGGAGGAGCAGACUCAUGCCACCGAGAAUAUCCCAGAGUCUGCUAUUGAAUACGAAGUCUACGAGAUCGAGAUGUCGGCCAGCGAAUUUGCACUGCUCAACGCCCUGCUUCAACGGGAGGCCGCCCAGUCCGCUGCAUUCAACGCGACCAACCACCCUCACACGUACCUUGGACCCCAGCCGGAUGUUGUCGAUGCUUGGAUGAAUCAAAUUGAUCUCAUCCGGUGCGAGCAAGCCAUGGAAAUUGCUGCUAUAAACACCCUGGAUGACAAUCUGAAGAGCCUUGAGCGAGACCUCCGCAAUUUGGAGGAGGGAAUGAAGCAGUUGCAGCGUUGGUUCAGCUUAGAGCAGAGGAUUCGGAUUAUCAUGCAGACGAUGUUCUUCGCUACGUGGUUCACUGUCUUCGUCCUUGCUGCCUUUGCUGUGGGCCGCAAGCUCUAG